ACCCCCCUAUAGGCGCUGUGGAGUCUCAGAUCCUAUAAAAGCAAGUCCGACGUGAACAUCGGUGCGGGUUCUUGAAACCCGCCGACACUUAUUGCAAUAGGGUCAAUUACGUUCUAACAGACCCAAAAUGAGUAACGCGAGUCAAGUGUCGAAGCUGUACCGCACGGUGGUGGAGGAUGUGAUCAACAACGUGAAGGAAGCCUUCCUCGAUGAGGGUGUGGACGAGCAGGUCCUACAGGAGCUCAGACAGUUCAGCCUCAAGCCACCCCGAUACAGGCGGCCAAUCAGCAGUUCCAGCCAUCAGCCGCAGCUACAACAGCCACCCUAGCUCUCCCCAGCGGACUGUUCCAGCAGCAGAUCGCCACCAUCGGGGCCGGGGGGCAGAUACAGAACAUCACAGUACAACAGACAGGUACGGGGCAGUUCAUCACGUUGUCCGGCCUCACCCCACAGCAGCUUCCUCAGUUCCAGCAACAGCUUCAACAACAACAACAGCAGCAGCAGCAGCAACCACAGAGAGCCCAGCUGGCCCCACAGAUCACACCCCAGAUGCUGCAACAACAACAGCAGCAGCAACGCAUCCACAUAUCACCACAACAACAGCAGCAGCAACAACAACAACAACAGCCCAAAUUGUUGCAGGGAGCUCAGAUCUUACAGUCUGCUGCCCCCGGCCGGACCAGCCAAGCUCAGGCUUUACAGAACAUUGUGCAGUUGGACGGUCCUGGGGAUUCCAGCUCUUCCGAAGAUGAUGGGGAGUUUGAUGAGGAGAAGGAGGAGGAGGAGGAAAAGGAGGAGGAGAAUGAUGAUGAAGCUCAGGGGGAGGAAGAGGAGCCGCUGAACUCUGGCGACGAUGUGAGCGAGGAAGACCCGACGGAACUGUUUGACACAGAGAACGUGGUGGUGUGUCAGUACGACAAGAUAAACAGAAACAAAAACAAGUGGAAAUUUUACCUAAAAGACGGCAUUAUGAACCUGAACGGUCGCGACUUUGUGUUUCAAAAAGCCACGGGGGACUCGGAGUGGUAGCCCUUGCCUUGACCUCCCUGACCCCACGACCCCUGAGGAGUGAGAGAGUGACCGAGUGAGCUGUUGGAGUGGUAGGACCCAGGGCGGACGGACAGACACGAGCAUGGAGCACCAAACUUUUGGGCGACGGUCGGUGGCAGCUGUGGCCAGAUGUCUACUGUGCUGUGAUGAUUGGACGUCAUAAGUUUGUGGUGUGUGCCACUGCUAGAUGUGUGGAAAUGGUUGAUUUGUUGUUGAUGGAAGUGUAUCUGUGUGUGUGUGUUCCACGUGUACCUAUGUUAAAUGUUUGUUGGUUUGUUGUUCCAUAAGUGUGAAUCUGUGUGCGUGUGUGUGUCCAAUGGUGUGUACAUACGGUGAAUUUCUGGGAGUGGCUGGGAAGCAAGUUUUGAUCUGAUCAACAGAACCCUUGGCUGUCAUCGAGCUGUGGUCAUCUGGCAUUCCAUCCUCCCCCCCCCCUUCCCUUCAAGUCAUGGUUCCACGUUGUGAUUGGUGGUUGGAAGCUGUCGGUGAACUGUUCACGUGCCCCGAGACUUCAAAGACGACAUUUCUUAGCCCCGAGAAAAACUUGUUUCCCUCUUUGAACAAUUGUUCCGCUGGAUCGCUAACAACUUAACAACAAUUGUUCCGCUGGAUCGCUAACAACAUAACAACAAUUGUUCCGACAUUAUGGAAUUAUUCUUGCUUUUCUUUUCCACAUUGAAAAGUUGGAUUUUGAACAAAUAUUUCUGAAGCACAAAUUACUGACGAUAUAGAUCUAGAUUAAGAAACUGAAUUUAAAAUUUCAAAAUUUUGGGCUUGGUGCAUCUGGACGUCUGACGGAGGAAGUUUGUCUGUGCCGUCUAUUUACUGUGGACGUGUUUGAUUGAAAGUGUGUCGCGUUGUGGGUGGUGAAGUGUGUGAGCUGUUGUGUGUGUGUGUUGCGUGCUCAAGUGUUGAUACUUUCGGGGUGGGCUGAUCGCUCUGUGUGUGUGUGUGAUGAUGGUUAUUUCUACUUCCUGGGAUGCAGCGUCUGUGGGCUAUGGUGCUGUCGUUUGUGGGCUGUGGUGCUGUCGUCUGUGGGCUGUAAUGUGACGUGUGAGAAGUGUGGCGUGCUGAUAUUUCCUGUGAGAUGAAUUGAUGUACACACUGGGUACCAGGCUGACUGAUGUCUCGGAGGAUCAUAUAAAUACGUUGCGAGUCACCAGUCAAUUGGAUUUUUACCCUCAGUAACUUUUUAUGUUCUAUUUGAAAGGGGUUUGGGAUGUGGAGUGCGUUUGUAUCAGUUUGCCAUCAGGUGGGGGG